AUGGUUUUCUUUGCCAGAACACAGAUGUUCUUCACACGUAACCCUGUACUCUUGCAGUCACGUUUCACCAAUUUUUUUACGAAAUCAACAAGUAAAAGAUUAUCGACAUUUGAUUUUGUCAAGUCAAUAAGAUCUGCAAACUCUGUCAGAACAGCAGGAAUCCCAGUAUCCAAUGUUUCAAAGUACUUUGCUGCUGGAUUUACUCAACAAUCAAGACAAUUUUCUACGGCAAGUAGACUAUACAAUGGUGUGGAGGCAUCGACCGCUGCUGCUAAUAUUAGAAAAAGUUCCUGGCCAGCCAACUCUCACAAAGCCGUUGGCUAUUUAUGUAUUGGUACCUCUGUUUUGGUUUUCGCUAUAGUUGUCUUGGGUGGCUUAACGAGACUUACCGAAUCAGGUUUGUCCAUCACUGAAUGGAAGCCGGUCACUGGUGCUUUACCCCCAAUGAACGAACAAGAUUGGAUUGAAGAGUUUGAGAAGUACAAGGAUUCACCUGAAUUCAAACUACUCAACUCGGAUAUGGAUCUUGAAGAUUUCAAAUUUAUUUAUUCUAUGGAGUGGUCCCAUAGAUUAUUGGGAAGAAUUAUCGGGAUGGUUUUCGUUUUGCCAACCCUUUAUUUCAUUGCAAGGAAAAAAGUUUCUCUGAGAACGUCUGCCAAAUUGCUAGGUAUUUGUGGAUUGAUAGGCUUACAAGGUGCAAUUGGUUGGUGGAUGGUUUAUUCUGGUAUUGAUUCGGAGCUUUUAGAGGAGAGGCGUUCCAAGCCCACUGUCUCUCAAUACAGAUUGGCGACUCACCUCGGUGCUGCAUUUUUGGUUUACUGUGCAAUGAUCUCUACCGGUUUCUCUGUCUUGAGAAAUCAGUGGAUUAUGAAGAAUCCUCAAGAGUAUGCGAAAUACUUCCAGCAAAUCCAAUCGAAAUCACUAUCUAAAUUUAGGUUCUUCAAUAAGGGUUUACUAGGUAUAGUUUUCUUAACUGCAAUGUCUGGCGCUUUUGUUGCUGGCUUGGAUGCUGGUUUGAUUUACAAUACUUUCCCUGAAAUGGGUGAAAACUAUAUCCCUUCAUUUCACGAACUAUUUGACCCAGUCCAUUCGAGACUUAAAGAUCAAUCGGAUUUAUGGUGGAGAAACAUGUUGGAAAACCAAGCAACUGUCCAAUUAGAACAUAGAAUUUUGGCUACAACAACUGCUAUUCUUGUCUUUGCUACUCACAUGUAUUCCCAUAAAAUCAAGACUAUAAUCCCAAGACCAGCAUACAAAUGGUUAAACAUCUCCAUGGGUGUUGUCACCAUGCAAUAUAUCCUUGGUAUGUGCACUUUAUUAUACCUUGUGCCUACUGACUUAGCAGCUACACAUCAAGCUGGUGCUUUGACCCUGUUGACAACUGUAUUAUUAGUGGUCAAUAAUUUGAAGAAGCCAAGCAGAGCCAACAUGUUGAUCUUAAAGAAGAGUUUAGAAGAGACUGCUAAGAAAAGCGGGGGUAAAUUGAACUAG